GCCGCGGCUCUUCAGAGAGCACGGCUCGCCAAGUUCUGCUCCGUCCCGGAGCCCACGCCGCGGCGUGGGAGCCCUUCGCGCGACCGGGGCUCCGGCUGUGAAGGGAGCUCUUGGAAGGAGUUUGAGUCCCCGCCUGUGCCGGCGGGUCACGGCACCGCGGCCGAGAUCUUCGCUGUGGCGGAAGGGCAGGAGGACGUGCACGAGGACAUGCAGGAGGAGUUGCAGUCCUACUCCCCAGAAACCUUCGAUGAUGCAGCAUUUCCGCAG